AUGUCUUCCUCUGUGAACCUAAAACUGCUCGGCGGAUUGACACACGUUCUACCGGCGUCAGUUCCUGAUGCGGACCACCUUUCUCUCCGCAGCCUGGACUUCUUCCACCACAUGGUAGCACCUAUUCUUUCAGGGCCUCUACGCAGGACCUUGUGGACCUCUAGUGUCACCCAGUUGGUGUAUGAGGAGCCCGCUGCUCGACAUGCGGCUAUAGCCAUCAGCGCUUUAUAUGAGCAGUUUGACCGUCGACCUGAGGAGGCUUGGAGUCUCUCUGGUAAAGAUUUCGCCAUGCUGCAUUACAAUAGGGCGAUAAGACAGGUCCUCAAUAUCAAGGAACUAGGUUGUAGAGAGACAGACACUGUUCUUGUUGUUUCAAUUCUCUUUAUCUGCAUCGAGUUUCUAUUCGGGAACUCAGAAGCAGCUAUAAACCACUGCAGACAUGGAAUAUCCCUCAUGAACGCAUCUACCUCGGAAAUGGAUCUCGUUCCUAUUUUUCGACAUCUCAGUCUGGUCCAGCUUUUCUUCCCCCAGGGUACCUCGAAAGUUCCUAUUCUUGCCAACGGUGGGUAUAACAGACCAUUUGAACCCUUCAGAACAUUCUCUGAGGCCCUAGACAGCCUUGACAGUAUCAUAUACGAUUCCAUCGCUCUGGCUCGUUACAGGGAUCAUGCCCGUGCCACUUCCGCCACGAAUACAGCCUAUCCACCUGCUGUUGUGGAAAAACAAAGGAAAUACGAUACAGCCCUAGAUAGCUGGCUCGUUUAUUUUCAUCUAUUGACGGCAACGCAAGAAGAAGACAUUGGGAUGGAAACCCUUAUACGUAUUCUCCAGACAAGAUGGUUGGUUACCAAGAUCUGGACAAAUUGCUGCCUCAAGGACGAUGAAGAGGCAUAUGAUGCCUAUUUGCCCGAGUUUGAGUGGAUUGUCGAAAUUGCCAGUCUGCCAUACCCUGAGCAAGAUCCAUUUUGGUCGAGAUCUCCAAAAUUUUCGUUCGAGGUGGGGCUCGCUCAACAGCUCUAUUUUGUGGUUAUAAAAUGCCGUAGCCUUUCUAUUCGGCUGAAGGCACUGUUAUUGAUUCGCGAGAAAUGCUGCCGAAGGGAAACGUUGUUUGAUUCGGAUGCGAUGAUCUGCAUUGGCCAACAGAUCAUCGAGACCGAGCAUGGUGUUCAACUGGGUUUGGACCCCGAGAAGUUCAGCAGGGAAAUACAAAAUAAGGAAGAAUACCACUCGCUUCCGGCCGAGACCCAAAGGCUCCAAGAACAUGCUUUUUCAAAGUUGGAUUUGAAUAGCCAUCCGCAAAGUAAUAGAAGAACUCUAUCACAGGGUCGCCGCAAGCUUUACUUUCAUCUUCCAACAUCGGAAUGUCGAGAAGAGUAUCCUAAGCGCUCUUCACACCCGUUUGUAUUACAAAUUCCAUUUUAA